AUGAAUCAAUAAUCAUCUGAUCAAAAAUUUGUUGGCAUUUCGACACCAGUUUUAUCAGACCAAGAAGAGGAUGCUUAAAAUAACAAACAAGAGUAGCAACCUUUAUAAUUUCUAUACAUCUCUCCUAAUUUGUUUAAUAAGCUGUGGCCAGAAAUUAAGAAAUAGCUCUAAUUAUUGAAGGCUAGUUAAACUAAUUUAACUGCUUUUAGUGUUUAGCAAGUAAUAGAAGAAAUUUAUUGUUUACAUUUCUAAAAUGUAUAUAGUAUUAAUAAAAGUUAGCCAAAACAAAUUAAAAACAAAAUUAAUUUCAAGAAUUUCUGUACAGCUUUAGAUGGUUUCCCAUUAAAAAGAGAAUUCCUAGCCAAAAUACCUUUGAUUAGUGAUUUGGCUCUUAAAAUGGAUUCAGAAUUUACGGAUUAUCUGAGUAUGCUUUUAGAGAAAGUUGAAUUAAAAAGGAUAUAAGUAGCAAUCCUAUUGGCCAAUAUGUUUUUAUGUGUUAUGCACUUACAACCUGAUUAUAAACAAUUACCAGCUGUUUUCAUUAUGGCAAAAUUGUUUAACCGAUCAAACGAGGAUAGUGGAUAAAAUAAUAUUAAGAUUUAGAAGUUAAGAUGCUUAUUUUACUAUUUCCUUCAUGUGUUUUCGCCUGAAUUCAAACCACAUGAGAAGAUUACAUUCACCAGAAAAAAGCAGAACUUAACUAUGAUUAGUAAGCCCUUGUGCGAGUUUGUUUAUUGCGAAUAAGGAUAAAUGGAGAAUGUGUAAGACUCUUUUAUAGUGGAUUUUGCAAAUAAGAGAAUUGGAGGUGGAGUCCUUAACUUAGGAUGUGUUCAAGAGGAAAUACUAUUCUUGACUCACCCUGAAGCUUUGGCAUCAUUGCUAAUAACUACUGAAAUCAAGCAAGAUGAAUCAAUUAUUAUUGAGAGAGUCAACAGACUAAUUAUGUAUGAGGGCUAUAAAGAUAAAUUUGAAUGCAAAGGAACGGUUAAAUAAAUCCGAAGUGUCAAUUUCAUAUGCAUAGAUGCAGGAGAUUACUCAGGAAAUUAUCAUUAGUAAUACAAAGAAUACAAGAGAGAGUUGACCAAAUCUUAUUGUGGAUUUUAUGGAAUUGCUCGCAUUUGCACUGGAAAAUGGGGAUGUGGAGUUUUUGGUGGAGAAUGGCAAUUGAAGGCGUUAAUUUAAUGGGUUGCUGCAUCUAUGGGAGGGUGCCGUUAAUUGGUGUUUAUCAAUGAUGAAUAAUAUGCAUACAAUCAAGCAUUCAAUUUGAUCAAGGGUUUGAACUCUAAUUAAUUGUGGGAAUAUAUACAAAAAUACUGUUAGAGAAAAUCUUAGGAGGAAUUGAAUAAUAUCAAUGCUAUUGAUUAUAUCUUGUCUUAACAACGAUUUUGAGUUUAAGUUAUAUGUAUAUGUUUAUACUAUUAAUUGAUGC